UCAGGUCACCCUGCUGCUGUUCCACUCCCAGAGUAGAGACCUCUCGUGUGUUUUCUGUCGCUGACGGCUAACUUGUGCCGCCUUCGUCCACUCACUCGCGUGUGCUCAUCGCCAUGGCGUCCAUUGCCACGUCAGCAGAGCGAGCAGUCGUUCUCCAGUCGCACGGCCUUCGAUCCGCCGCUGCCGCUGGGUCGCUUGGCAGCAGCUCGUCGCAUGUCUUUUCCCCACUAAAAGUAGCCUCGUUACGUGCCGCGCGCACCGGGUCGUCGUCAGCCAAGUCCAAUGUCACUGCCGUGCGCGCGUCUUCCGACUCAGAGUAUCGCACGGGCGUGAAGCGCAAUCACAACAUCGGAAAGCUACAGGCGGGCUACCUGUUUCCCGAGAUCGCGCGGCGGCGGCGCGCGCACCUGGAGAAGCACCCCGAGGCGAAGAUCAUCAGCCUCGGCAUCGGCGACACCACGGAGCCCAUCCCUGACGUCAUCACCGCCGCCAUGGCCAAGAGGGCGCAAGGGCUAUCAACGCCAGCGGGCUACUCCGGCUAUGGCGCAGAGCAGGGCGAACAGGCCCUGCGCGCGGCCAUCUGCAACACGUGGUACGGCAAGCUGGGCAUCACCGAGGACGAGGUGUUCGUGUCGGACGGCGCCAAGUGCGACAUCGCCAGGCUGCAGAUGAUGUUUGGCGCUGACGUCACCAUGGCCUGCCAAGACCCCUCCUACCCGGCAUACGUGGACACGAGUGUGAUGAUGGGGCAGACGGGGCUGUACGUGCCGGACACGCAGCAGUUUGGCAACAUGUCGUACCUGCGCUGCUCGCCCGAGAACGACUUCUUCCCCGACCUCGCCUCCGCACCGCGCACGGACAUCAUCUUCUUCUGCUCGCCCAACAACCCCACGGGCCGGGCGGCGUCGCGGCAGCAGCUGCAGCAGCUGGUGGACUUCGCGCGGGCCAAUGGGUCGAUCAUAGUGUACGACUGCGCGUACGCCAUCUACAUCGAGGACGACUCGCCCAAGUCCAUCUACGAGAUUCCCGGCGCACACGAGGUGGCCAUCGAGACGGGGUCCUUCUCCAAGUAUGCGGGCUUCACCGGCGUGCGCUUGGGGUGGUCUGUGGUGCCAGCAGCGCUGCGCUAUGCGGACGGGCAUGCGGUGCGGGCGGACUUCAACCGUGUCACAUGCACCUGCUUCAACGGCGCCAGCAACGUCUCCCAGGCUGGCGGACUCGCCUGCCUCUCGCCAGAGGGGCUCGAGGCCAUGGCGUCGCUGGUGUCCUUCUACAAGGCCAAUGCCGCGAUCCUCAAGGCCACCUUUGAGGCGCUGGGCUUUGAGACGCACGGCGGGGACAACGCGCCGUACGUGUGGGUGCGCUUCCCCGGGCGGUCGUCGUGGGACGUGUUCGCCGAGAUCCUCGAGAAGGCCGACAUCGUCACCACGCCCGGCAGUGGCUUUGGGCCGGGCGGCGAGGGCUUUGUGCGCGCCAGUGCGUUUGGGAGCCGAGCAAACAUCGAGGAGGCGGCCAGACGUAUCACCAAGCUGUACUCGUGAAUGCAGAAGAGGGGGGGAGGGGGGCAGCUAGGGGUGGGGGGUAGAGUGGGAGGCGGAGGUGCAUGGUGUACUGAUGUUCAGGGAGGCCUAGGGACGCUGGACAGGGGGAUGAUGGCGCCAGUGUAGAUGAGCUUGUGUCAUCAUUAGUACCAAUCCCACACGGGAGGCAUUUUACUGAGUACCUAUUCCCAGCCUUGGCAGAUGCAGAGUUGCCGCCCGCACACAACCUC